CUCUCUGUCUGUUUUUCUCUCACUCACUCUCUUUGUCUCUAACACACACACUCCUUUAUUCAUCCGCGUGGGGUUCCUUCUCCGCUCUCUGUGUUCCAGGGCAGCAUGGAGGAAGCCGACCUGCUGAAGGAGAGGCUCCUGGCCAUCACGGACAAGAGAAGAGUCCAGGAGGAAAUCGCCAAGAAAAGGAGACAAAUCGAAGAGGAGAAACUGAAACUCCAAUACCUCAAGAAAAAGGCCCUGAGGGAGCAGUGGCUGAUGGACGGGCUGAGCCCCCAGAACGAGGAGGAGCAGCAGGCCAUCAAACAGCAGGCCCAGGAUCACCAAGACCAGACUGUCCUGCUGCAGUCCAACAUCGACAGAAUGGAGGAGGAGAUCGAGAGCCUGGAGACCCAGGAGCUGAGCAUCUCGGCCAACGAGGAGGUGAUCCUGAGGAGGCUGAAGGAGGUGGAGAAGACGCCGGAAGACAUCAUCAAGGAACUAAAUGCAGAAUACCAGACAGAUCCAAUCCAAUACAUGUAUUCACCCAUCUCAGACUUGUCCCAGUUUUAUGAGUCUCUGCCACAGAAGAACCCUAGUCCCAAACCACAGCCUGACAAAGAUGAGGAGCCCAAAAAAGCCAUGUUUGCCAUGGAGAUCAGCGUCGAGAAGGAUCACCGAACCGGCGAGAGCCAGGUGGUCUCCACGGCCACCGUCACGCCCCAGGAGUUCCAGCAGCGGGGCGUCAAGGUGUUCGACGACGGCAGGAAGUCCGUCUACGCUCUGCCCUCCGAGGGCAGCGAGGCCCGCAACGGCGUGGGGGAGCUCAGCCACCUGGAGGUGGACGAGCUGCUACGCCAGGCCACAGAGGGGAAGGUUCCCAGUGAGGUCCAGUACCACCAGCCCGUCUACGCCGCUCCGUACACGGCCAGCCGGCCAGGCACCCCCAAGAGGCCCGAUGAGGUGCAGCUCAGCCCCGGGUCAAAUGGGCACCGGACUCCGGACAACACCCCAAGCCCUCUUCAGAAUGAACCUGUGGACAGGGAUGGUGCUCCAAAUUGGGGAGAGGGAAGACAGACACCUCGCAAGACCCCCAUACCCAGCCCAAGCCCCUUCCAGCCAGACAUCAUACCCAGGGACGGAGCUCAAACUUGGGCAGAAGGAAGACAGACACCAUGCAAGACACCCACUCCCGGCCCUAGCCCCUUCCAGCCAGACAUGAUGUCCAGGGAACAAGCUCCAAAUUGGGAAGAAGGUCUCAGGGCUCCCAGUAAGACCCCCAGCCCCUUUCAGCUGGACACCACACCCAGAGAUGGAGCUCAGAGUUGGGGAGAGAAAACUCAGCAGUCCCAGUCUCACAUUCCAAACAUCCACGCCCCAGCUUACCAGCACCCGCCUCACCCUGGAGGUCACCAGGAGAUCAGGACUGGACAGGGGAACGGCCUCAGUAACGGAGGUGGUUCAGGUACGGGCCCGAACCGGCUCAAACCGUCCACCUUCUCCUCAGCCCAGAGGUGUGGAGAGUCGCCUUGCCCCGUUCCUCUGAUGGAGGGCACAGUGCAGGAGUACAGGCGACAGUCGCCGUUCUACCUCGACGACGAGUCCGCCCUCAACGUCGUCAACACCUUGCCUCCAGACCUGGCGUCCGAACCCGUCACUAUGAUUUUCAUGGGCUACCAGACGGCGGAGGACGAAGAAGACGAGGAAGAUAUCCAGGCCGAGCUGGUCGUCAUUGGCAAUGACAACGACGACCCCAACAGCAACGAUUCUUUCAUCUCGUACCACCCCGAGGGCUACCGAAGUCAGAUCUUCCAGCCCCACCUGACAGGAAAAGCCUUGAGUCUCGCGGGAUAUCCGGAAGAUUCUACAAACUCGGACGAUCUCCAGCUUCACCGGCCCACGUUCAGCCACAAACCGAUCAAGCGCAGCCCCUGCCUCGACAGACAGACGGACAGGGAGGGGAACGAGGUCUCCGCCACCGCAGGUAUCAACAACAGCAUCAAAAAGCAACGGCGAACGUACAGAUCCUCUCACUAUGUCUCUCUGUCGCUCCCUCUCUCUUUCUCCCUUUCAUCCAGCAUUGACUGGGCCUCUUCUUUUCGCUAACCUCCUAACAGAUUCGUUCUGAUCUUUUGGGCUUUGAAGAUCCUACAAUGCUGUCUGUCUCUGCCUGGCUUACUCACAAUCUAUGUUUAGGAUGGUCCAUCUCUACCGCUUCUUGCUUACGUUCUGCUCAACAUACAGUCGUGGAACACAAAAAUACUCAUAUGACCUCAACGUAAACCGACUUUGCCAACCGAGAUUCUUAUCAUAUAAUUCAUAUGAAAAGAAACUGCCAGCAGAAAUGAGUUGUGACAUGACCGGUCAUCUGCUUUGUGUUUAUUAGAGACUUCAGCGCCAUCUAGUGAAGAUGACUUGGUGUUUGAAGGAAAACCAAAAAUCAAUCAGUUGCUUUCUAUGAGAUACACCUCAAUCGGCAAAUAAGAUGCUUUAUCUUGUUACUGAAUUGUAUUUAAGAUGAAUGUUUAUCAUUAAUGCCCAAUGGUAAACAUUGUUCAAUUUCUAACUGUAUGGCAUUUCUUUACAUACUCAAAAUGCAUUAAAAAAAACUUUGUCAUAACAAUAAU